UCUCCUCAUCUCUUCUUCACCAUUUACACAUUCUUCAUUCUUCUUUCUUCUUUCCUCCCUUCAAUCCCCCCCACCAUGGCUUCUUUGGCUGCUUCCACCGCCGCCGCCUCCCUCGGCGUCUCUGAAAUGCUAAGAAACCCUCUUAGCUUCUCCUCCAGGUCCGCUCCCUCCCCUUCUACCCCCGCCACCUUCAAAACCGUUGCGCUUUUCGGGAAGAAGCCCGCAGCACCUGCCAAGCCAAAGCCCUCUGCUGCCUCUCCCGUCAACGACGAGCUCGCCAAGUGGUAUGGGCCGGAUAGAAGGAUUUUCUUGCCAGAUGGUUUGUUGGACCGAUCCGAGAUCCCCGAGUACUUGAACGGAGAAGUCCCCGGCGACUAUGGUUAUGACCCCUUUGGACUCAGCAAGAAGCCCGAAGACUUCACCAAAUACCAAGCAUUUGAAUUGAUUCAUGCAAGAUGGGCUAUGCUUGGAGCUGCUGGUUUCAUCAUCCCUGAGGCCUUCAACAAAUUCGGCGCUAACUGUGGCCCCGAAGCUGUCUGGUUCAAGACCGGAGCUCUACUUCUUGAUGGAAACACAUUGAAUUACUUUGGAAACAACAUUCCCAUCAACCUCAUCGUCGCCGUCAUUGCUGAGGUUGUUCUUGUUGGUGGCGCUGAAUACUACAGAAUCAUCAACGGCUUGAACUUUGAGGACAAGCUUCACCCAGGAGGGCCAUUCGACCCAUUGGGGUUAGCAGACGACCCAGACCAGGCAGCAAUCUUGAAGGUGAAAGAGAUCAAGAAUGGAAGAUUGGCAAUGUUUGCAAUGCUAGGGUUUUACUUCCAAGCAUAUGUGACAGGAGAAGGGCCAGUGGAGAAUUUGGCAAAGCAUUUGAGUGAUCCUUUUGGAAACAAUCUGCUCACAGUCAUUUCAGGGAAUGCUGAAAGAGUUCCAACUCUUUAAAUCAAUGAAUGAAUGAAUCAAUCAAUGCAUUCAUUUUAAAACCCACAACCCAAUCACAAGUUUGUGUAUUGAAGGAUGAAAAAUUCUUGAAUGCUUUUGUAAAUUGGUAUUGAGACUAUUUUGUAGCCCCUGACUACUCAACUCUUGCAUUUAAAAGAGAUAUGAAAAAAGGAGUUAAGAUCAAAUUUUUCUAUCAA